GGAAGGUCCUGUGGGAUGGGAAUAUAUGAUGCAUGACCUGAUACAUGAUCUUGCUCAGUUUAUUUCAGAGGGGGAGUUUUGCAUGAUCGAUGAUGAUGAGUCGAAAGAGAUCCCUAAUACGAUUCGUCAUCUGUCAGCAACAUUAACCGAUAAAACUAAGUUAAUGGAGUUCUCCUGUUAUGAGAAAUUACGGACCCUCAUGAUCAAUUAUAAAAGUCAUUGGCAUGACAUUGGAGUCGAGGGCUCUUUGUUCCUCCAGUUUGAAAGAUUAAAAAACAUUCGAGUGUUGAUAUUACAGAGGUGUGGCUUGCGGGAGUUGCCUGAGACAAUUGGUGGCUCGAUACACCUCCGCUAUCUUGACAUAUCUCACAACUUCUACUUUAGGAGGCUGCCGGAGUCGUUAUGUGGUCUUUACAAUUUGCGAGUACUGGAUCUGUGGGGCUGUGAACUACAGAGUUUCCCGCACGGCAUGAGUAAGUUGAUCAACUUGAUGCAUCUUAAUGCAGAAGACAAAAUAAUUUCCGAGAUAAAUGAUGUUGGGAAGCUGACUUCUCUUCAAGGACUGUGUUCAUUUAAAGUACUCAAGGAUAAGGGACACGAGGUUGCCCAAUUAGGCAGUCUGAAAUAUCUUCAUGGAGAACUUCGAAUUACCAGCCUUGAGAACGUUGAGAGUCAACAAGAAGCAAACAAGGCUAAUCUGAACAACAAACAGUACCUUGGUGCACUGGCCUUAGAAUGGACAUCGGAUGAUGGCUCCAGUUUGGACGGCAACGAAUUAGUUGGGUCGGAGGAGGUACUUGAAGGUCUCCAACCACAUCAGGCUCUCCAACGUUUGAUGAUCGUAGGGUACAUUGGUGUCAGAUCACCCAGUUGGCUGCAGGCACAAUUGUUAGCGAAUCUGAGAACUCUUAGAUUGAUAAACUGCAAAGCAUGGAAGGAUCUUUCAUAUAUUGGACAGCUACCGAAUCUCAAGAAACUUUACGUGAAGGGAAUGCCUGCAGUGAAACAAAUAAGUCAUGGAUUAAGUACAGAGAGCAAGUUCUUGCCUAAUCUGGAAGAGCUAGUGCUGGAGAACAUGGUGGCAUUGGAGGAACUCCCUUGUCUUGGACAACUGUCGUGUCUUAAGGUUCUUCACAUCGAGGGAAUGUCAGCAGUGACGAAGGUGGGCCACGGGUUCUUUGGUUAUAGAGAUCAAGGCAAGUGUUUUCCUUGCUUGGAGGAGCUCAGGUUCAGCGGCAUGCCAAAAUGGGAAGAGUGGUCUUGGGCUGAUGGCCGAGAGCUGUUUCCCUGCUUGCGAAAUCUUGGAAUUGAAAUAUGCCCGAGGCUUAAGAGGAUGCCUCCCCUCCCUCCUUCACUUGAAUCACUCUCGUUAUGGCAAGUCGGGUUGACAGAAGUUCCAGGAUCAUGGGAAGAAAUCGAUGGAAGUAGCAGCAGUAUGACCGUUUCAGAAUUGAAAAUAUAUAGUCUUGAAAAGGUCGAGCUGAUGGACAUCCCAGAAUGUGAGAGACUCCCUUGUCUUGGACAACUGCCGCGUCUCAAGGUUAUUCACAUAAAAAAAAUGCCAGCAGUGAAGAAGGUGGGCUAUGAAUUCUUUGGUUCUAGAGACCAUUGUUUUCCUAGCUUGGAGGAGCUCACGUUCACGGACAUGCCAGAAUGGGAAGAGUGGUCUUGGGCUGAUGGCCGAGAACUGUUUCCCUGCUUGAGAGAACUUGGAAUUGUACAAUGCCCGAGGCUUAAGAAGUUGACUCCCCUCCCUUCUCCGCUUAAAACAUUAAGAUUAUUUGAAAUAGGAUUGACAGAAGUUCCAGGGUUAUGUGAAGGAACUGAUGGAAGUAGCAGCAGUCUGACCGCAUGUUUUUCAGAAUUUAGUCUUGAAAAGGUCGAGCUGAUGGACAUGGUGACAUUGGAGGAACUCCCGAGUCUUGGACAACUGCCGAGUCUCAAGGUUCUUCGCAUCGAGAGAAUGCCAGCAGUGAAGAAGGUGGGCUAUGGAUUCUUUGGUUCGAGAGACCAAGGCAAGUGUUUUCCUAGCUUGGAGGUGCUCAAGUUUAGGGACAUGCCACAAUGGGAAGAGUGGUCUUGGGCUAAUGGCGGACAGCUGUUUCCCUGCUUGCGAGAACUUGAAAUUGUACGGUGCCCGAGGCUUAAGAGGAUGCCUCCCCUCCCUCCACUUGAAACAUUAAGUUUAGAUGAAGUCGGAUUGACAGAAGUUGCAGGGUUACGGGAAGGAAUCCAUGGAGGCGGCAGUUGUGUAACUGCUUCUCUUUCAUCAGUGGAAAUAAGUCAAUGUCCAAAUCUAAGAAAUCUGGAAGAAGGGUUGCUAUCGCACAGCUUCCAAAAUAUCGUUGACAUUGCGAUAUUGGAAUGCGCUGAACUCGUGUGGCUGCCGGUGAAGGAGUUUAAAGAACUCACCUCCCUUGAGAAGUUGUCAAUCCGCAGUUGCCCGAAGCUCUUGAGCAUGACGCGAGACGAGGACAUUUACAUCUGCCUCCCACCCUCGAUCGAGGAACUAGUGCUGUCUGACUGUGGGGAUCUAGGAAAAUUGCUACCGGGCUGCCUGCACAACUUGACCUCACUCACUCGAUUAGAAAUAGGCGGCUGCCCGUCCAUAGAAUCUCUUCCUGAAACGUCGCUGCUUCACCUGAAACGACUUGAAUAUCUGAAGAUUUGGAAAUGUGGAGAGUUGAGAUCAAUAGACGGGUUGCGAGUUCUCGAGUCCCUCCGAGAAUUGACGACCAAACUAUGUCCCAAGCUGUUGCUGAAUGAAGGGAACAAGCAAGUGGAGGGUUCGACGGUAACUGAAUUAUGCAUCGACGACACAGCCCUGUUCAAACUAUCGCUCUUAAGAAGGACACUUCCAUCCGUCCAUGCUCUCACAAUCUCAAACUUUCCUCGAGCGACGAUGUCUGGUGAGGAGGAGCAGUUGUUGCGAAGUCUCACAGCUCUCAGAUCGCUAGAAUUCUUCAAUUGCGAGAAUCUACAAUCGCUACCGAGAGAGUUGCAUGCCCUUUCCUCCCUCCGGCUUUUAAAAAUAAUUAGAUGUCCGAAGAUUCAGGUGCUACCUGAGAAGGGGCUGCCGACGUCCCUCAGGAAUCUAAUUUUCAGUGACUGCCAUCGGAUGCUGAGGGAGCAGCUGGAAAAGCACUUGGCCGAGAUGAAGAGCUCGGGUUGAUUUUUGGCUGUUGAUCCAUUGGAGAUACGUGAAGGUACAUCACAUCCAACCAUUGGGUUUUCGUUGUUUUUGGAUGGUUUUCCUUCCUAGGCUGUGAGACCACUCGGUAGUAGCUAGAUUUUUUUAUCCAAGAACAUAAAACUAAAAACA